AUGAAGUUGCCACUGCAAAGAGAGGUUGGCGUGCCUGUUCAAGGUAAGGUUGGCACACCUGUUGAAGGCAAGGUUGGCAUGCCUGCUCAAGGCAAGGUUGGGACACCUGCUCAAAGCAAAGUUGUCACACCUGCUGAAAGCAAGGUUGGCAUGCCUGCUCAAGGCAAGGUUGGUAUGCCAGCUCAAGGCAAGGUUGGCAUGCCUGCUCAAAGCAAGGUUGUCACACCUACUGAAAGCAAGGUUGGCAUGCCUGUUCAAAGCAAAGUUGUCACACCUGCUCAAAGCAAAGUUGUCACACCUGCUCAAAGCAAAGUUGUCACACCUGCUCAAAGCAAAGUUGUCACACCUGCUCAAAGCAAGAUUGGUAUGCCUGCUCAAGGCAAGGUUGGCAUGCCAGCUCAAGGCAAGGUUGGCAUAUCUGCUCAAAGCAAAGUUGUCACACCUGCUGAAAGCAAGAUUGGCAUGCCUGCUCAAAGCAAAGUUGUCACACCUGCUCAAAGCAAAGUUGUCACACCUGCUCAAAGCAAAGUUGGCACGCCUGCUCAAAGCAAAGUUGGCAUGCCUGUUGAAGCUUGUUUACCUGAACCAGGCACUCGGUCUCUUCCCUGGAAAACCACUCGAGUUAACCAAAUAUUUAGCGCCAGUGCGCCUAUCGCUGUUUAG